AUGGAUUUCUCAACCCCUCCACCUCCCUACCGCGAAGUUGACUGCAAUCCAUGCUCGAGCAAUGGCAAUAUCAAUAAAAAUCAAUUUCGGGUGCCACGAAAGCCAGUCCGUACUGAGCGACCAAGAACAGCACCGUCGAGAAACCAGAACGCUCCGCCACCGAUAUACUUCGAAGAGUUUGAGCGAUUGAAACAGAGCCGGCUGCAGACUCCACCAGCACCCGCUCCUCUCCCGAUACAGGUCCCAACAGCUCUCCAGGAGUUGUCUUUGAACACUACUACACCGCACAGCAAUAUAACGGCAUCGCCGCUUUAUUACAGUCCCGCUGCAACGGAUCCGUUCUCUCGAAAUCCGUCUCCUUCCAGCGGUGUGUUCCCUCUCUCGACAGUUCGGUCGUCUAGCAAUGCAUCGUCCAUCUCGAAUGCAAUACCACAGUCAUCUCAGUCAUCUAACUCGUCAUUUAUACAAGAGGCAUUCCGAGAAGCCCGUCAUUUUGCAGGUGGCCUGAUAACCCACCCAGUGGAGAGCACGAAACAUUUCACGAUUUUACGGCACUCCCAUGGAUUGGUCUUCUAUCAAGGAGCGAAGACGACGCUGGCCGUUUCCAUAUUCUCCGAUCAACCACUUCCCCCAGAGCGGACUAUAUGGCUACAAAGUAAAGGCUGGAGUGGCACGGCAGGGAUGCGGGCGCGAGCGUUCAUGGGAAGGAACGGCAACUGGAUCAAUGUGACACCGUCAUUGAAUGUUGGACCUGAGCAAUUGAAAGCAACCGAUGAACGGGCAUGGCAGAGAGACAUUGCAAAUUUCCGGAAGAAGCCCAAAUCAAGCAAACAGCAGUAUCACAUUCUGCGGGAAACAGCUAUUGUACGGAUCCCAGAGGAAGCUGAAGAUGGUUAUUUCCAACUGGUACUUUGCUUGGGUGAUAGAAAGAAAGUGCUCUGUCCGAGCCCUGUUUUCAGAAUACUCUCCUCGUCCACCAGUCCAGGCUCGUUACGAGGUGCGAGUUUGACCACACUUCCUCUCGAGCUGGGAGUCAUAGCGUUUGGGACCUAUGCAAGAAAUACAGCUGGACGAGUUGUCGGCCCAGUCGCAAGUGUUAUCCAGAACCGAGUUCAGAAACUCAUGCCAUCGUGGGUGGCCCAACAGGCCACUCCAGCUGCGUAUGGCGUUAUGAAGCCCUCAGACAAGCAAGCCAACCAAGGUCAAGGUGGAUCAACAUUUGGUCCAGGUACAUCAGAGAUCACGCUCGAGGCGGGACCCCAGACCCCAUAUCCUCUGCGCUUCAUUGCAAACAGUGAACCAGCAGUGACUGGAGUUGAGCAAUUCAAUAUGCCGGGUAUGGCAUUGACCGGAAUUCCCGCAAACAUAGUACAAGGUCUAUCGGGAUACUAUCUAGGCUGGGCACGAUUUCUGAGGCAACCAACAACGGGAAACACAAAGGCUAGCAACGAUACAUGGUACCAGGCAGUCUUCUCAGCGCUACCGAUCUCACUACAGACACCGGAGAAUAGGAAUAUUAUUGUUCGUCUCACGCGUGACUACGAAGGGUGGUCUCCGGAGCGAAGAGUCAUCGAGGUUCGGAUCAUGGGAUUUAUCCGCCCAGAUGAUCCACUACAACGAGAUGGACUGCGAAGAGGAUUGCAGGCCAGAGAUUCAGAAGCCGCUGAAGCAGUGAUGCUUGCUGAAAUGAAUGACAUUUUGCUGGCAGAAAACAUUUUGGAUCAGCCGGCAUGGCAUCCGGAUGCAGUUCCUCCAAUCAGUGCCCAACCUGGGACAAGCGGUGGACAGUCUUUCAGAAUGGCUGCCCAGAGACAAAUUGGGAAAGUCCCGUUUCAUAAGUUUGGCGUUCGAUCCCCGAUAGAUGGGGAUGGAGUUAGAGAUACCCUUGUUACAUCAAAUGGUUAUUUCGUUCGGAGGUAG